AUGACUCGCAACAACUACAACAACCGUCAACCAAACCCACUGUCUGACAACAACUACAGCAACCCCCGUCCUGCUGGACGUGGCGGCUUCGGCCGCGGAGCCCCUCAGGGGCCAGGACAGGUAGCGCACUGGCGCGAGCAGGCCGAAAUCCAUUUGAAGAAACGAGAAGAGCAAGACCAGCUCUUCAAGGAGACUUGCACCCAGAUGGUACACUGGGAGGAACAAGAGGCCCUGUGCCCUGAAGCCGCUGUAAGCACACAUCUGCUUUCAACAGGAUCGGAAGACCCAGAUCGACGCUGA